AUGGCGGCCAAAGUCAUCGUCUUUGGCAGCCUCGGUGGCAAGCUCGAAUCGGCCUUUGCAAAGCUCGCAACUUUGCACGCCAAGAACAACUUUUCCUUUGCUAUUGUUGCCGGCAACUUGUUCGACUCUUCAGAAGAGAGCGAGUCCAUUGCCGCCCGCCUUCUGAAUGGCGAGAUUCAAGUGCCUCUCACGACUUAUUUCACUGUUGGCACUACGCCCCUUCCUCCCAAGGUGAUUGAGCGCAUCGAGAAAGAUGAAGAUAUCUGUGAAAACCUGCAUUAUCUUGGCAAGCGCAGUGUCAACAAGACAUCAGAUGGCAUUAGAAUUGUCACUCUUGGAGGCGCUCUGGAUUCAAGCAUUGUUGGCGGACAGUCCAAGGAACAGCACUUGCCGUUUCACACGGCAAGUGACGCGGCUGCCUUGAGAGGCGCGAACAAGACUGACAUCCUUCUGACCUCGACUUGGCCCGCAGGAGUAUGGACAAACUCGCGGGUUGUUCUGGCUCCUGAGCACCAGGCUGCAGUAGCAAGCUCUCAAGAAACCGCAGACCUGUGCAAUGCCAUUAAGCCGCGAUACCACUUCUCAUUCUCCCCGGACGAUUUCUUCUGGGAAAGGGAGCCAUUUUUCUACGCCGAGUCGGAAGAGAGUGGUGAACGAGCUGUCACUCGCUUCAUCUCAGUGGCUACUUUCGGUAAUGCUGCAAAGGCCAAGGCCAUGUAUGCCUUCAGCCUGCAGGCCGGAGACAACAAGUCAUUACCCCCACCAGGUAGCACGCUUUCUCCAUUUGUGCCUCCCAGAACCGCGAAGAGGCAGGACCCGGACGGCCAAUCUGGACCAUCUCAUCGACACGGCAAUGACAGACAUGGUCGGAGAGGCCGCCAGCGACAUGAGCAUCGUCCCCCUCCUGGACCUCAAGAUUGUUUCUUCUGUCUUAGUAAUCCAUCGAUUGAAACACAUCUGAUUUGUUCAAUCGGGGAGCACUCCUAUAUCACCACGGCAAAGGGACCUCUGCCCGGCCCUGACACGUUCUCUACUUCUGGCAUUUCCUUCACGGGCCAUCAAAUCAUCAUCCCCCUGGCUCACGAGCCGACUCUGCGGGCUAUGCCUUCUGAGGGUUUAUUGGUCUAUUCAGAAAUGUCACGAUUCAAGGAAGCACUACAGGCCAUGGUUGCUAAGCAGUCCAACCACAAGCUUGGCGCAUUGACUUGGGAAAUUAGUCGCUCUCGCAACAUUCACGCCCAUUGGCAAUUCGUACCUGUGCCCGUUGAUUUCCUUCAGAAGGGUCUCGUCGAGGCUGCUUUCAAGGUCGAAGCCGAGAAUCUUAAAUACCCGCCCCUGAAAGAGCGAAAUUUGGGAUCUGGCAUGGACGAAGAGGGCGAUUUCCUGCGUCUUUGGAUCUGGUAUGACGAUAGUGACGCGGCCAUCCACGGGAAAGAGCUCGUCAUGUCGCUAGACGAUAGCUUCCGCUUCGACUUGCAAUUCCCGCGAAAGGUCUUGGCCAAGCUUCUCGAGCUCGAGAAUCGACUCGAUUGGAAGGCUUCCACCCUCAGCGUGGAAGACGAGACGUCUGACGCAGAUCGCUUCAAGGAGGCAUUCAAGCCUUGGGACUUUUCGCUUGCUUGA